GGUCGGUUAAAAAAAAAAAAAAGUACGGGGUCUCAAGAGUCAAAAUACUGAAAAUAGACUAACUGCAGUUGAAUGCCAAAUCCAAAAGGUACUCUUGCAAACUAACUAUUUCCUCGUAAACUUAACACAUGCCCAUGCGUUUCCCUGUAAAAGUACGUAGUAGAUGAACCAAAUCUCAUGGUCAUGGCCAUGGUCCCUCCAAACCUUUCGUCUCCUUUUGAAAACAUGCAUUACCCAGAAAGAUCUCCUCACUGCCAAGUCCCUCCACACCCUAUACAUCAAGUCCCUUAUCCCUUCUUCCACCUACCUCUCCAACCACUUCAUCCUUGCAUACUCCAAAUGUGGCCGCCUCUCUGCUGCCCGCAACGCCUUUCACUGCACUUUAGACCCCAAUGUGUUCUCUUUCAACGCCAUCAUUGCUGCCUACGCUAAAGAAUCAAGAACUGAUAUUGCCCACCAACUGUUCGAACAAAUGCCGCAACCAGACCUUGUCUCUUAUAACACUCUCAUUUCUACCUAUGCAGAUCGUGGUGAACCUGAGCCUGCAUUUCGCUUGUUUUCGGGGAUGAGGGAGAUGGGUCUUGACAUGGAUGGCUUCACUCUGUCUGGUAUGGUCACGGCUUGUUCUGAUGAUAUAGACAUUCUAAGACAAGUGCACGCUUUGACAGUGUCGGGUGGGUUUGAUUCUUAUGUUUCGGUUAACAAUGCGCUUGUUACUUAUUAUAGUAAGAACGGGUUUUUGGAGGAGGCAAAGAGGGUGUUUUAUGGGAUGGGGGAGGUUAGAGAUGAGGUGUCUUGGAAUUCAAUGAUUGUGGCGUAUGGGCAACAUAGGGAAGGAUCAAAAGCGCUGGGAUUGUUUCAGGAAAUGGUUAGGAGGGGAUUUAUUGUUGACAUGUUUACUUUGGCGAGUGUUUUGACUGCGUUUACAUGUGUGGAGGAUUUGUUGGGUGGGCUUCAGUUUCAUGCCAAGUUGAUAAAGACUGGAUUUCACCAGAAUUCACAUGUUGGUAGUGGUUUGAUUGAUUUAUAUUCCAAGUGUAAGGGUGGUAUGUCAGAUUGUAGGAAAGUAUUUCAAGAGAUUCCUGAACCAGAUUUGGUUCUUUGGAACACAAUGAUUUCAGGGUUUUCCCAAAAUGAGGAUUUCUCUGAAGAUGCUCUUGAUUGCUUUCGGCAGAUGCAAUGUGUUGGUUACCGCCCUGAUGAUUGCAGUUUCGUCUGUGUGAUUAGUGCAUGUUCCAAUUUGUCAUCUCCUUCUCAAGGAAAACAGAUUCAUGCGUUGGCAAUCAAAUCCGAGAUUCCUUCGAAUCGAAUUUCAGUCAAUAAUGCUCUCGUUGCAAUGUACUCGAAGUGUGGGAAUCUUCAAGAUGCAAGGAGGUUAUUUGAUAGGAUGCCGGAGCACAAUACUGUCUCGUUGAAUUCAAUGAUUGCAGGUUAUGCUCAACAUGGUAUUGGAACAGAAUCAAUACGUCUUUUUCAGCAAAUGCUGGAGAUAGAUAUUGCCCCUACAAGCAUAACCUUUAUCUCUGUCCUUUGUGCUUGUGCUCACACUGGAAAGGUUGAGGAGGGUCAGAAUUAUUUCAAUAUGAUGAAAGAAAAAUUCAGCAUUGAACCAGAAGCAGAGCAUUAUUCAUGCAUGAUAGAUCUUUUGGGUCGUGCUGGCAAACUGAGUGAAGCUGAGAGGCUAAUUGAGACAAUGCCAUUUAGCCCUGGCUCAAUCGGUUGGGCUUCGCUACUUGGUGCUUGUAGAACACAUGGAAACAUGGAGCUAGCAGUAAAGGCCGCCAAUAAUGUUCUUCAGCUGGAACCUUCAAAUGCUGCUCCCUAUGUCAUGCUUGCCAAUAUGUAUGCCAGUGCUGGAAAAUGGGAAGAAUCUGCAACAGUUAGAAAGCUUAUGCGAGAUAGAGGUUUAAAAAAGAAACCAGGUUGUAGCUGGAUUGAGGUGAAUAAGAGGAUACAUGUGUUUGUAGCUGAAGAUAGUUCACACCCGAUGACAAAGGAAAUAUAUGAAUACUUGGAGGAGAUGUCAAAGAAGAUGAAGCGAGCAGGGUAUGUGCCAGAUGUGAGAUGGGCUUUGGUUAAGGAUGAUGAAACAGGGCAGGGAGAGAAGGAGAUGAGGUUAGGGCAUCACAGUGAGAAGCUAGCAGUUGCUUUUGGGCUGAUCUCAACUAAAGAUGGAGAGCCUAUACUUGUCGUGAAGAACCUAAGGAUAUGUGGGGAUUGCCACAACGCAAUCAAAUUUAUUUCUGCCAUUUCUGGGAGGGAAAUCACUAUUAGAGAUACUCACAGGUUUCACUGCUUUAAGGAAGGGAAAUGCUCAUGUGGGGAUUAUUGGUGAUAAUUGAGUGCGUCUAAACUUCACCAUUGCGACAGAGAAAGAGGAACCCAGUGCUGUAUCAGCUCCCGAAGAAGG